UCGGGAUUCGCCCGCGGACGCCGCUCGACUUGUUGGGGCUGGGCUCUUCUUCGCGGAAGAGGAUAGGAGGCGGUUGCGGUUGCUCGGCCAGGGCGGGUAGGGGUGCUGUUGCCGUCAUGGCUGACCCCGACUCCCGGUACCCUUGCUCCUCGAUCGAGGACGACUUCAACUAUGGCAGCAGCGUGGCCUCCGCCAGCGUGCACAUCCGAAUGGCCUUUCUAAGAAAAGUCUACAGCAUUCUUUCUCUGCAAGUUCUCUUAACUACAGUGACUUCAACAGUUUUUUUAUACUUUGAGUCUAUACGGACAUUUGUACAUGAGAGUCCUGCCUUAAUUUUGCUGUUUGCCCUCGGAUCUCUGGGUUUGAUUUUUGCAUUGACUUUAAACAGACAUAAGUAUCCCCUUAACCUGUACCUACUUUUUGGAUUUACGCUGUUGGAAGCUCUGACUGUGGCAGUUGUUGUUACUUUCUAUGAUGUAUAUAUUAUUCUGCAAGCUUUCAUACUGACUACUACAGUAUUUUUUGGUUUGACUGUGUAUACUCUACAAUCUAAGAGGGAUUUCAGCAAAUUUGGCGCUGGGCUCUUUGCUCUUUUGUGGAUAUUGUGCCUGUCAGGAUUCUUGAAGUUAUUUUUUUAUAGUGAGACAAUGGAGUUGGUCUUAGCUGCUGCAGGAGCCCUUCUUUUCUGUGGAUUCAUCAUCUAUGACACACACUCACUGAUGCAUAAACUGUCACCUGAAGAGUACGUAUUAGCUGCCAUCAGCCUCUACUUGGAUAUCAUCAAUCUAUUCCUGCACCUGUUACGGUUUCUGGAAGCAGUUAAUAAAAAGUAAUUAAAAGUAUCUCAGCUCAACUGAAGAACAACAACAACAAAAAAAUUAAUGAGAAAAAAAGGAUUAAAAAAGUAAUCAGAAGCAGUAUAUAGAAACUGUUUCAUUAAGUAAUAAAGUUUGAAACAAUGUUUAAACACUGUUACAAUCUUUAUUUGUAUCGUAUGUAAUUUUGAGAGUUUUAAAAUCUUACUGUUCUUUAUGAUACCUCAUUUCUAAAUCCUUGAUUUAGGAUCUCAGUUAAGAGCUAUCAAAAAUUCUAUUAAAAAUGCUUUUCUGGCUGUGCACAGUGGCUCACGCCUUUAAUCCCACCACUUUGUGAGACGAAGGCAGGUGGAUCACGAGGUCAAGAGGUUGAGACCAUCCUGGCCAACAUGGUGAAACCCCAUCUCUACUAAAAAUACAAAAAUUAGCUGGGUGUGGUGGCACGUGCCUGUAGUCCCAGCUACUCAAGACGCUGAGGCCAGAGAAUCGCUUGAACCUCGGAGAUGGAGAUGGAGGUUGCGUUGAGCCAAGAUCACGCCACUGCACUCCAGCCUGGCGACAAAGUGAGACUCAGUCUCAAAAAAAAAAAAAAAAAAAGUUUUUCUUCCUAAAUUAGCCAUGCAUAGCUGUUUGUUUGCAAUUCAAAAGUAAUUUUAUGAGUAUAUAAGAAUAUCAGUUUACCUUUGUCUAGUGAUUUUAUCUAAAUUUUCCCUGAAUUAUUAAGUAAUAUUGAUUUGUCUGAUUCUAGAGUAGUAGAGUCUUUACCAUUAUAAACUGUAAAUCUCUCUUUGCUUGGCAAUUUUCAUCUAAUUUAAAAGGAAAAAAAUAUAAAAGAUAAAUUCCACAGAGAAUUAUUCAGUAUUAUAUUAAAAUUGUAUUAAAAUGUUAAUGACUUUUUAUUUUAAAUUGUACUAAAAUUAAAAGUCUGCCUGAAAGUCAGAUAUUAUGACAAAAUUUGACAUUAAUUGUUUUUUAAAGUAUAGAUUUCAUUUGAAAUUAUACAAUGCUAAUGUGGUUAGAGGACACCAAAGUUACUGGGUCAUCAGCCAUUAAGUAUAUUUAUUUCAAAAUAAAAAUACUUGGGAAAUAU